GUGAGCGCAAGAGAGAGAGAGAGAGAGAGAGACAGGAGCGAGAGUGUCGGUCCUUUCGCACAGCCACAAAGCUCGCAACAACUCGCCGCGAACAAGGGAAAGCUGUCAGUCGGCUGAACCCUGCUGCAAAAUGAUUCUCAACAUCAUCUGUUUUCUCGGAUUGCUCGUCUGCAGCAGUCAAGCUGUCCUUCAAGUGUCCAUCUCGCUGAAUAAAGUUGAGCUGAGUGUGGGGGAGUCCAAGUUCUUCACCUGCACAGCCAUUGGCGAAGCAGUCAGUUUGGACUGGUAUAACCCACAGGGUGAGCGCAUUGUGUCAUCUCAGCAUGUGGUCUUGCACACGGAGGGAGUCCGUUCGCGGCUCACCAUCUACAACGCCAACAUCGAGGACGCUGGCAUCUACCGGUGCCAGGCUACCGAUGCCAAGGGUCAGACCCAGGAGGCCACCGUGGUCCUGGAGAUAUACCAGAAGCUGACAUUUCGAGAGGUGCAAUCACCCCAAGAGUUCCGUCAGGGGGAAGUGGCAGAGGUGGUGUGUGAUGUCAUCAGUUCACCUGUUCCCAUUGUCUCUUGGUUCUACAACAACGUGGAGAUCACCGAGCAGCACUACAAUAGAUUCCAGGUUCUCCCCAACAACAACCUGCAGAUACACAAGGUGACCAAGACGGACGAGGGGGUGUAUCGCUGUGAGGCGCGUGUGGAGGCCAGGGGAGAGAUCGAUUUCAGAGACAUCGCCGUCAUCGUCAAUGUUCCCCCAGUGCUGUCUGUACCGCAACAGUCGUUCAAUGCCACCGCCGACUACCAGGAGUCAGUAACGUUCACAUGCAGGGCCUACGGAUCACCUGACCCUGAGGUCACCUGGCACCGGCGGGGUAAGCAGAUUGAAGAAUCGGAUCAGUACACUCUAAAGGGCAGGGGCACCAUGUUGACGGUUCGGAGUAUCAGACAGGAUGACGGGGGCUCCUACUCCUGUAAGGCCAGCAACAAGGCCGGCGAAGUCGAGCAGGAGCUUCUCCUCAAGGUGUUUGUCCAGCCCCACAUCACCCAGCUGCGGAACGUGACGGCCGUGGAGGGCAGCGCCGCCAUGAUUUCCUGCACGGCCGAAGGGGAGCCCCUCCCCGAAAUCUCCUGGAGGAGGGCGAGUGACGGGCGGACCUUCACAGACGGAGACAAGAGCCUGGACGGGCGGGUGGAAGUGCGUGGACGUCAUGGAAAGUCCAUGCUCACCAUCACGGGGGUGAAGCUGUCAGACUGGGGCCGCUUCGACUGUGAGGCUCUCAGCAGGAUCGGAGGCCAUCAGAAGAGCAUGUUCCUCGACAUUGAGUAUGCACCCAAGUUUCAGACAAAUCACACCAUCUACUACUCAUGGGAGGGGAACCCAGUCAACAUCAGCUGUGAUGUGAUGGCCAACCCCCCGGCCUCCAUACUGUGGAGGAGAGACAGAUUGACCAUCUCCACUGAAGCCCCGGGCAACACCCGUGUCUACAACACCGAGGGGCGGUCCUUGCUCGAGGUCACCCCAAUGUCGGACAGGGACUUUGGGCGGUAUAACUGCACGGCCAGGAACAACAUUGGGGUGAGGUUCCAGGAGUUCAUCCUCGCUCAGGCAGACGUGCCCUCGAACCCGUACUCAGUGCGCCUCAGCUCUGUGUCUCAGCGCGUCGCCACGGUUACCUUCAUGAAGCCAGACUCUCAUGGCGGCGUCCCCAUCAGUCAUUACCUGGUCAAGUACAAGGACGUCAGCUCACAGGACUGGAGGGAUGUCAAGUCUCAUGGAGUUCAGACGAUGGUGCUGUUGACCAACCUGGAGCCCAACACCACGUACGAGGUACGAGUGGCAGCAGUCAACGGGAAGGGUCAAGGGGAGUUCAGCCACACAGAGACCUUCCAGACCCUGCCCAUCCGAGAGCCGAGUCCCCCUGCAGUGCACGGUCAGAGGGGUGUAGGGAAGGCCUACAGAUUGGGCCUUGUCAAGCAGGAUGAUGGUGGGAUGCCCAUUGUGGAGUACAUCAUUAAGUACAAAAUGGAGAAAGAGGACCAGUGGAUGACUAAGCUGGUUCCUGGGGUGAAUGACUUUGCCCUGCUGCAGCCCCUGCAGUGGAACACGCGCUACGAGGUGGAGAUCACCGCCAGAAACGUCAAGGGCUUGUCCGAGCCCACCUACUUCCAGUUCUCCAUGCCACAGAGACCAGACAUCACAGACUCCCUGUUCAGCGGCCUGGGACUGGGCGCGGUGGUGGGGCUGGGCCUGGCCGGCCUGCUGCUGCUGCUGGUGGCAGUGGACGUCAGCUGCUUCUUCCUCAGGCAGUGCGGCCUGCUCAUGUGCAUCACCAAGAAGCUCUGUGGGAAGAAGAGCGCCACCAGCAGCAAGGGCAAAGACCUGGAGGAGGGCAAGGCCGCUUACCUGAACGAUGGGUCGAAGGAGCCCAUCGUUGAGAUGCGAACGGAAGAGGAGAGAAUAACUAACCCUGAUGAUGGGAGCCCAGUGAACGAACCCAAUGAGACCACACCACUCACAGAACCAGAGAAGUUGCCGCUGAAAGAGGAGAACGGCAAAGAGUCUCUGAAGACGGACGCAAUUGAGAUCAAAGUCCACAGCGACAGCGGUGUCCUGUCCAAGGAGGAGGACAGCAAAGCAUAAUGAGGAGGCCUCUAUCACACAGGAACAUUCAGAGCAAGCUGCCCUAAUCCCAAAAUCAAAAAUACACCAGAAAACAAAGAAGAAAUUAUAAUCCUUCAUUAAUAUUCCGUAUGUCAGGGCACCACGGAGGAGACAUGUAAAUAUGGCUGGAGAAAGACCUCACCAAUAGCUUUGUGAUAAAUCAGUAAACGUUCUUUUGGAAAAUGCCACCAGUUGAUGUCACCUGUUGAACAGUGAAUUUGUUUCGUUCUUUUUUUAAAGCCUUUGCUGUUGCUUCUGUGUUUUCCUCUCCACGACAGAGAUGCUCAGAGAGACAGUCAGGAGAGAGCUAGGAUGUCCCCACAGUUGGCGUGAUCGUCCCUUAUUUUGGAAUGUCCUUGGUCGUUAGUUGUGUCAGAGAUGAGAUGGGUGGCCGCUGUUCCGGCGGUGGGAGGGAUCGCGCUUUGCUCCUCUCAUAUCGUGCUGCUGUAUAUUUCGGUUUUUGUUCUGUUUAUACUGCCAUUCUGGUCCCUGUGGUAAGCAUGUAUGCU